UAUGUUCAUUUUUGCAUCAAGGGACAGCAUGUCAACUGCUCAGCAGCAAGAUUCAACAACUCCACGUCGAAAUCGAUACACGAGGUCAUCGACGAGUGUGACUCAGUUGUUGAGCGACUCUUGUACAAGUCUUUUGCAAAGAUUAACAACAAGAGUUAGAGGUCCAUCGUCGACAAAUGAAAAUAUAAGAAAAACACCAAUUUUAAAUCGACGCGCAAGUACAAGAAGUCGUUUUGAGGAUAAAUAUACGGCAAUUCUCGAUCGUUAUACAAAUUAUCGAAAAAGAGAUGAUGAUAAUCCAAGGAGACAUGAACGUGAUAAAACAUAUCAUCAUCAUCAACAAAAUGAAAGUCCACAUGAAAAAACACUUGAACCCUCGGUACAAAGAACAAUUGUUAAAAGUCCAAGAGCUAGUGUUCUACUUAGUGAAAAAGCAUAUCCUUAUGUUAGCGGAAGUAGUGGCAGUAGUGGUAGUAAUAUUGAUAGAUUUCAAAUCGAUAAAACUCCAAGUUAUUAUGGAAGACACAAAUCUGGUCAUUCGGAAUCGAGACGUUAUAAAAAUCGUCCAUCAACGAGAGCUGGAAAAAGUGAACAAAUUGAAAAAACAUCACUUGAUUUAAGAUCAAGAAAAACAAGUGAUGAGGUAAAAAAUUCAAAAUUUCAGGGACGAAAGGAAUUUGCCCGUAAAGAAUUAGAAAUGAGGGAAUUUGUACGUAAGGAAUUAGAUAAACAGGAACUUGCGCGUAAAGAAUUGGAGAAAGAAGAAUUUUUACGUAAGGAAUUGAAUAAUAAAAAUAAUGAUCCUGAAAAAACGCCAAUUGCAAAUGGAAUUGAAAAUGAUGUUGACAAUGAUCCAGUUUUACGUGAACGAGAAGCAAGAAGAAAAGAAAUACAAAGUUUAAUAAUGAAAUAUGCCGCAUUGGAUGAGGCUUAUAAUAAAUUUGCAAAUUCUGGCGAAAAACAAGAACAAAGUACCACUGACAAAAUUGCCAGUAAAUAUCAGAAGAAUAAUAGUAAUAAUAAUAAUAAUAAUAAUAAUAAUAAUAAUCACAACGACAACAACAAUGUGAGGAAUGAUGAGAAUAAAAACGCGAAUCCUAGCAAUAACGACGCGGAAACAAAUUCGAUUAGCCCACGAGCACCCUCCGUCGAGGAUGACGAAGACGGCCACCUUAUUUACCAAACCGGCGACAUCCUGGCAAAUAGAUAUAAAGUACUGGCCACCCUAGGAGAGGGUACAUUCGGAAAAGUUGUCAAGGUUGUCGACCAAUUAAUGGAUCAUGUGAUGGCAUUGAAAAUAAUCAAGAAUGUGGAAAAAUAUCGUGAGGCAGCAAAACUGGAGAUCAACGCAUUGGAGAAGAUCUCGUCGAAAGAUCCAGACGGUCAACACUUGUGCGUCAAGAUGUUGGACUGGUUCAACUAUCGUGGACACAUGUGUAUCGCCUUUGAAAUGCUUGGUUUAAGCGUCUUUGAUUUCUUGAGAAAUAAUAAUUAUCAGCCCUAUCCAUUGGAGCAAGUUAGACACAUAGGAUAUCAACUUUGUUAUUCCGUGAAAUUUCUUCAUGACAAUAAAUUGACGCACACGGAUCUUAAACCGGAAAAUAUUCUUUUCGUUGACUCUGAUUGUGAAGUAAUCAGUAAUGGCAAAAAGCGAAAAGAAGUUAGACGUGUAAAGAGGACAGACAUAAAACUCAUUGACUUUGGUAGCGCUACAUUCGAUCAUGAACAUCAUAGUACAAUUGUCAGUACAAGGCAUUAUAGAGCACCAGAAGUUAUUUUAGAAUUGGGAUGGUCACAACCGUGUGAUGUAUGGUCAAUUGGUUGUAUUCUCUUUGAAUUGUACCUGGGUAUUACUUUAUUCCAAACACACGACAAUCGUGAGCAUUUGGCAAUGAUGGAACGCAUUCUUGGAUUAAUUCCAUAUACAAUGGCUCGUAAAACUAAGACCAAAUAUUUUUAUCAUGGAAAAUUGAAAUGGGACGACAAAAGUUCCGCUGGUAGAUACGUGAGAGAUAAUUGCAAACCUUUGAACCGCUAUAUAUUAUCAGAAGAGGAUGAUCAUAGACAAUUAUUCGAUUUGAUACAACAAAUGUUGAUCUACGAUCCCUCACAACGAAUCACUCUAAAGGAUUCAUUGAAUCAUCCAUUCUUUGAUGCAUUACCAGCGUCACAAAAAUUAAUAGAUUUAAGAGCCGCAGGUGAUUCUCAACAGACACACGAACGGUCUCAUUCGCUCUCACGAUGAAGCUAGGACAGGGACCGAUCUCCAUAUCAAGCAGAUACUCCCAAAAAGAAUUUAUUAUUAUUAUUAUUAUUAUUUCGACUCAAUAAUCUUGUUAAUAAUAUUGUUCGAUCUUACAACAAAUCGUUGAACUAUAAAAUUCAAUAAUACCUUUUUAGAUGUGUGUCAAGGAAUAAAAAAAAAAAUAUUCCUUGAUAUAUAUAUAUAUAAUCAAAUUUAAGUACAUCACAAUUUUAAUAUUUCUUAAUUGAAAAUUUCAUGAAAUUAACGAGUAUCUGCUCGGUAAAAGUGUAACCGAGUCCCCUCUCCAACUCACCAUUGAUAGGAAAAUAUUUUAUAAAACGCUGCUCUGUACAUUUUGUCAUGUAAUUUUAUUACGAUGUUACAACGAGGAAGAAUUUAAGGAGAGAAAGAAUGAGAAAUUGAGAAUGAAUGAGAGUGAAAAUAAACGAGAGUAUACAUGGUAAAAAUAGAAGCCGGUGACUGAAAAGGUGCGAAUUUAAAAAAAAAAGAAAACAGUUACCGGAUUGAUAAAUUUUUUGCAUUAGGAUAAUAAACUAAUUUUAGAAAGAAAGUUCUUAGAUAAAAAGAAAAAGAGAAUCGAAUGGAUAAUCGUUUUUUUAAAAAAAAACGACACGAACACUUGAAAAAUAAUAAAAGAAAAAUUUAUUUCAGUGUUUUUAUUUGUACGAAUGACGAAUUUUUUUUUUUUUUUUUUCUUUGAUAGUGAGGCAAAUAAACUGCCUUCAAUUCUUUUUUUUAUUUCUUUAUUAUUAUUUUUCGUUCUUGGAUAGAUAAUCAAAUCGGCUAAAGAAAUAUAAAAUUUCUUACCAAAAAAAAAUAGUAAUUUUUCAAAAAAAAAAAAAAAAGAUUAUCAACAAGUUUCGAUGAACAAUCGGGUGUCUGCCCAUCGAGAAAAUGAGAAUAAAAAAAAAAUGUAAACUUUUGUCUUGUAAAUACGAUCUAUUCGCUACGUGAUGUUUAAAAAGUAGAUUGUCAAAGUUGUAUAACGUGCGAUGUUUCUCCUUUAUUUUUAUUUAUUUUCAUCCUGUGCGUUUUCACUUACAAACACGAAGAAAAAGAAAAAAAAAAAAACCUAGAAAAAUAUUAAUUU